UCUCGAAGCACCAUCCACGCCAUGUUACGGUCGACCCGCACGGUGGACCCUGAGCCCACAUGCUACGUCAUGCUGCUGGCGGCCGACAAAAUGUGAGCUCCUUUUGAAACUGUUGGAUGUUGUUGGAUGGGGCAACUGUGGAAUUUUUGGGCCUUGGUACUCGUGCGAUGGGGCUGGUACGAGAAGGGACCGGGAUCGGUCACUGGUUGCUGUGAUGAGGUUGGGAGGGCGGUGAUGCAACGCGUGGUUGAGCAUCGAAGAGCGAAGAAUUUUGCUAGAGGCAACCAUGGCGACGAGUGGUUGCGUAUAUGUACCAACGCGGCCGUGAGUCGCGCCGUGACCUCGUUUAUACCAUACCGUCAUAACUACAGCUUGAGCAGGAACUCGGUUGUCGCACUCUACCAUCUACCACAUUUCACAUACCAACAGCAUACUCACAACCACCACCACAAUGGGUAUUCAGAACAACAAGACCUACAAGCUCUCCAACGGCGUUGAGAUCCCCGCCGUGGGCUUUGGCACCUUCGCCAACGAGGGCUCCAAGGGCGAGACAUACAAGGCCGUCACCAAGGCCCUCGAGGUCGGCUAUCGCCAUCUCGACUGCGCAUGGUUCUACCAGAACGAGGACGAAGUUGGCGAUGCUGUCCGUGACUUCCUCAAGGCAAACCCUAACGUCACCCGCAAGGACCUCUUCAUCUGCACAAAGGUCUGGAACCACCUGCACGAGCCCGAGGAGGUCAAGUGGUCGUUCAACAGCUCGCUCUCGAAGCUGAAGAUGGACUACAUUGACCUGUUCCUCGUCCACUGGCCCAUUGCCGCGGAGAAGAACGAAGAGUACAUGCCCAAGAUUGGCAGCGACGGAAAGUACGUUAUCAAGAAGGAUCUCACUGAGAAUCCCGAGCCUACAUGGCGCGCAAUGGAGGAGCUCUACAAGUCCGGCAAGGCCCACGCCAUCGGUGUCUCCAACUGGACCGUCUCUGGUCUGAAGCAGCUCCUCCAGAUCGCUGAGGUCAAGCCCCACGUCAACCAGAUCGAAAUCCACCCCUUCCUGCCCAACGAGGAGCUCGUGCAGUUCUGCCUGCAAAACGACAUCCUGCCCGCCGCCUACUCGCCUCUGGGCUCGCAGAACCAAGUCCCCAGCACGGGUGAGACAGUCCGCCAGAACAAGGGCCUGAACGAAGUCGCGCAGCGCAGCGGCCACGAUCUCGCCCAGGUCCUGCUCGCAUGGGGUCUGCAGCGCGGAUACGUUGUGCUGCCCAAGAGCUCGACGGCCAGCCGCAUCGAGAGCAACUGGCAGAUUCCCGAGCUCAGCAAGGAGGACUUUGAGGCUGUGCAAAAGGUUUCGGAAGGCAGGCACACACGCUUCGUCAACAUGAAGGACACUUUCGGUUACAAUGUGUGGCCUGAGGAGACCGAUGGUGGUGAGAUCAAGGCUUAGAGAGCCCGGUUAUAUAAUGAUGCCUACGACGAUGGAAAAGGCGUUUGGAGGGUUGUUGUUUGAUUUUAGCGAUACCAAAAGUCUAUUGUUGACUUGUAGAUGAUAGAGCUCAGUGAGCAAUCGAAG